UGGCGCGGGUGCUCAUCGUGGGCGCCGGGCUGACGGGCAGCCUGUGCGCGGCGCUGCUGAGGAAAGAGACGCCCCGGCCUGUGCACCUCACGGUGUGGGAAGAGGCCGGGGACUCAGAAUCCUUGUUUUCUCAUGAAACCUGAGUGCAAGAGUGAAAACAUUCCUUGACUGAUGCAUCCUGACAUGUCAUUCGUUGUGUCGUUUUAUUUGAUCCAUUCAUCCGUUCUUUAAUGAAACAUGGGAGUCCGUGCUCCCGGCGCCGAGCUGAACAACGCUUGCCGCCCCAUUCUUGUGCCCUCUUUGAGAAAGGGCCUCACGGUGACCAAAUUGUCUCUGGACUGCUUCCUGACCAUGGGGGGAGAAUGGCUACGGCCCGGAGUCCUUGCAAUCCACAGAGCACCGUUGACUUGGGAGCCCAGUACAUCACCCGCACUCCCCAUUAUGCUAAAAAACACCAAAGUUUUUAUGAUGAACUGUUAGCUCACGGCAUUUUGAAACCUCUGACCUCUCCAAUUGAAGGGAUGGUAAUGAAAGAAGGAGACUGUAACUUUGUGGCACCUCAAGGACUUUCUUCAGUCGUUAAGCAUUACCUGAAAGAAUCAGGUGCCGAGGUCUCCUUCCGACACCGUGUGACCCAGAUCAACCUGAGAAAUGACAAGUGGGAAGUGUCCAAGGAAAGAGGUUCCCCUGAGCGGUUUGACAUCGUUGUCCUCACGAUGCCGGUUCCGCAGAUUCUGCAGCUCCGAGGUGACAUCGCAAACUUAAUUAGUGAAUGCCAAAGGCAGCAACUGGAGUCUGUGCGCUACUCUUCUCGCUACUCUCUGGGCCUCUUUUAUGAAGCUGGCACGAAGAUUGAUGUCCCUUGGGCUGGACAGUACAUCACCAGUAAUCCCUGCACACGCUUCAUCUCCAUUGAUAAUAAGAAACGCAAUAUAGAGUCAUCAGAAGUGGGACCUUCCCUGGUGGUUCACACCACUGUCCCAUUUGCAGUCACAUACCUGGAGCACAGCACUGAGGAUGUGCAGGAGCUAAUCUACCAGCAGCUGGAAAGCAUCUUGCCAGGACUGCGUCAACCAGUUGUCACCAAAUGCCAGAAAUGGAGAUAUUCCCAGUAAAAGAAAUGGACGAUCUGAUCUCUGGGGCAAAUAUUUGUUAGCCUCGUACAUGGCUGUGAACUUCUACGGGUCUUUUUAGCCUGUUAUUUCCCAAUAAACGAUGCACGCAAUUUCCCCUGGGCUUAUGUUCAAAGACUAGCAUCUCAAGACUUAUACACCCUGAAAAUAUGGGGUUUCCUAUUCAAGCAAGGCAGGUUGUAUAUCAAAAUGCAGCUGUUUCUCUGGGGUUUUUCUAAAUCAGUACUGUGGUUAUAUAGAAACCACUUGAACCUCCCCAAUUUUUUGCAAUAUGUUAGAUUAACCUUGUUAGUGUAUUUCGCUACCACAAUUUUCAUUUUUGUUAAGUUCCCACUUUGGUUUUGACUGCCGCAAGCAGGGUUCUUUGGGGGACAAAGGUGAAUACCUGUAGAAUUCAGCUACUCAAGCUGUUUUUCAGGGUUUGAUCAACCUGCUGAUCACUCUACUGGCUCAGACUUCAAGCUCUUUAAGUAAAUGUUGACUUUUGCAACAACCUCUGCAUAUUCCAACAGAAGUUUGUGAAUAUUUGUAGAAAAAAAUCUUUUGAUCUGUAAACUCAGUUGUAAAGCCAUUGGGGAUAGUAGAGUGAAGGUCAGAGGGAGGAAAGGAGCGGUGACGUGUCUUCCCCAAGAUUUCUGAGCCUGUUGAUUAACCAAUUUAUCCGCACUAUUGGUUACCCAAAAGCAGUAUUGUGAGAAAUUGCAGCAGAUUUUGUAUAUUUUAAAGGGCUAUCCAAAAUCAGAGGAAAUGGUAAAUUACUUCCUAAAAUAUGACAGCAUGUCUGUGUGUUUACCCGUGUCAUCUGAAGUUCAAUUAUACAGUGAAUCUUUGGGGAAAAUAUUUACUUAAAUAGAUCAUGGUCACUUUAGAAGACUUUCCUCUUUCCUUCUAAAAAGCAUUGAAAGAUCCCAAUAGCUAAUGUCUUUAAGUGAUACUUA